AUGUUGUCAUUUCUCACACUCGUUCAGUCCAGUAGUGUGCAGUCUGUAGUGUGCACUAGUGCUGCAUUCUCAGUGUCGGUCUGGUCCACAGCGUUCCUGCUGGGAUUCGUGGCGUUCCGUGGAAUGUGUCGUGUGUGCGGGAACGACGGCGAUCUGAUUCCUCUGAGCGACGAGGCGGGAGCUCAACACUCGGCCGAGGGAGGCGUCAUGUACAUGGCAGAGCUCAGAGAGAUGCUGAAGAAGUACCUGAAGGAGGAGAGGAUUGAGAACACACUCAGGCAGGUGAGUCGGGCGUCUCAUCCUCCGGGGUCCUCAGAAGGAAACGCGGUAGCCAGAGAAAUCCUGCAGAACCUGCAGAACCUGCGCAUGGAUCACAGCUGGACCGACUCGCACUACGCCACGCUGCAGUUUCCCUCCAGGACGCAGCGGAACACGCUCUGGUUGGUGGAUUCCGAGGGGGCGGAGCUCGAGGAGAUUCCGCUGGACAGCGAGGGAUACUGCGCCUACAGCGCCACGGGAACGGCCACGGUGCAUCUGGGCUCCGGUGACCCGUUCACACCUGGGUUUCCCUCCUUUAACCACACCCAGUUCCCUUCCACCCAGUCCUCAGGCCUGCCAAUCAUCCUGGCUCAGCCAAUCAGCGCCAACGUCGCUUCCAAACUGCUGAGUCAGUUGUCUGGCGCUGGUUGUCCGCGAGGUUGGCAGGGCCGUUUACCAUACGUUCAGUGCGUUUUGGGGCCGGGCUUCACGGGGCCCGGCGAGCGCAAGGUGAAGAUGGCCGUCUAUAACACCAUGAAGCCGGUGCUGCUCAAUAACAUCUUCGCCUCCAUCGAGGGCAAAAUCGAACCCGAUCACUAUAUCAUCAUCGGGGCCCAGAGGGACUCGUGGGGCCCCGGAGCCGUGAAGUCUGGAGUGGGAACGGCCCUCCUGAUGGAGCUAGCCAGAACCUUCAGCAACAUGGUGGAAAACGGCUUUUACCCCAGACGCAGUUUGCUUUUCGUCAGCUGGGAUGGAGGAGAUUUUGGGAAUGUUGGUGCCACCGAGUGGCUGGAGGGUUAUCUGACCAUGUUACACCUGAAAGCAGUGGCUUAUUUCAGUCUGGAUCAGGCCAUCCUGGGUGAUGAUAUCCUCUCGGUCUACACCAGUCCUCUGCUCGCCGAUCUCAUCGAAGGAGCCCUCAAACAAGUGGAGCAUCCCAAACACACGGGUCAGUCGAUUCUGUCUCUGGUGCGGCGGCAGGGCGGCUGGAGGAACAUAGUGAAGCCGUUGUAUCUGAACAGCGGCGCUUACAGCUUCACCGCCUUCGGAGGAGUUCCUGCCAUGCAGCUGCAUUUCACUGAAGACGCGCGUUCGUACCCGUUCGUCAACACUCAGCUGGACAGUGUGGGGCGUCUGCAGGAGCUUCUUCAGGGUCGUCUGGGGUCAGUGGGUCGAGCCGUAGCUGAGCUGGUGGGUCUGAUGGUCCUCAAACUGUCCCAUGAUCAAAUCCUACCACUGGACGUCACCUGCUACAGCAACACAGCACAGCAGCUCAGCGCUACACUCAACCAGAACACCGCUCAGCUACAGUCGCGUAGUUUGUCUCCGCAGUGGGUUUUCAGCGCUCGAGGUGAUUACAGCAGAGCCUCCAAAAACCUGCACGAGGCCAUAAAGAACAGCGACAUUCAGGACGAGAGACUCGCCAGGCUCUACAACACACGCAUUAUGAGGGUGGAGUACUACUUCCUGUCGCAGUACGUGUCGGUGGUGGAGACGCCGUUCCGUCACGUGUUUCACGGCCGCGGCGAUCACACCCUGAGCGCUCUGGCCGAUCACCUGUCGCUCCUGCGCUCCGCGCCGCACCUGUUCGACGAGGCUCGUUUCCGCCGCCAGCUAGCGCUCUUCACCUGGACGCUUCAGGGCGCCGCGAACGCACUCAGCGGAGACGUCUGGAACAUCGACAACCCGCUCUAGAGCUCCAAACACGGCCUUCAGCGUCUAUUUAUCCAGCAACAACUCGAAUCCCAUUACAUGGAGUGUGUUUUCAUACAGUCAAACCAAAAUGUAUUCAGACAGCUUCAGCAUUUCUCACAUUAUCACAGUGCUAUAGCUAUCAUAAGCUAAUCAUAGCUAUAGUUUAGAAAAUGUUAAUAAAAUAUGACAAGAACUGUCUCAGAACAAAUUCAUCU